AAGCACAGAAUAACAUCUCAGCUCCUCUCCUCCGCUUCUCCCCUAGCUGCAUCUCUCUUCCUCGGUGCUGAGAGCUCCACACAACACAGCCACAUGGAACAGCCAUCGCAAGCGCAGCCUCUGCCCGUCACCAACAAGUUACGGAUGAAGGACCUCAAGCAAUGAAAGAGGAAUGUGUGAUCUUCAAUUAACCAAUUGAGCUGACAUCACUGCGAUGGAAAAGAGGCAGCUAAGGGACGGAGAAUCUGCUCAGCAGUGCCGCUUUGGAUGCAAAUAAUCAACUUCAAAAUUAAGGAUUCUUGGAAGGCAAAUAAUGCUGGUCUUUUCUUUAGCUGGGAAUUGAAUAGCAAAAAGGGAAAAUAGGACAGACCAGAAAAAACAGCAUCCCAGGACAUGGAAUUCCAGAAUUUGGUUCAACUGGGGGGGAUCAGCAAUGCUUUAAUUCUGAAGAGCUUGAUUCCUUUUGUGUUUACUCAAAAGGUUUUUUUCCCUUUGGAUUUCUCUUCCAUUUGGCUGCUCCAAAAGUCUGCAGAAAAAAACAGUUGAAUGCAGCCUCCGAUGUACAUAAAAGAAUGGGUUUCCAUUCAAGGUGGCCAUUGGUGGGACAAGCACCAGCGGCACUGUGUGUGAUCAGCAUGCUACUGAGCCUCCCUCCUGUGUCAUGCACAACCUGCCCUCAGAAAUGCCGAUGUGAAGACCUGCAGUUUUACUGCGACACACAGGGGCUCCUGGCACCCCCAGAUGGUGUGGAUAAAGGGGCCCUUGGACUUUCUCUCAGACACAACACCAUCAGUGAGCUCAGCCCUGACCAGUUCUUUGGUUUCACUCAGCUCACCUGGCUCCACCUGGAUCACAACCAAAUAACCACCGUGCAUGAGGAUGCCUUCCAGGGGCUGUACAAGCUCAAGGACCUGAACCUGAGCUCUAACCGCAUCAACAAGCUACCAAACACAACCUUCAUUCACCUCAUCAACCUGCAGAUUUUGGAUCUCUCCUUCAACCAAAUGACAGCGUUGGAGCCUGAGCUAUUUCAUGGGCUCCGGAAGCUCCAGAUCCUUCACCUACGGUCAAACUCCCUGCGCACUACACCAGUUCGAGCAUUCUGGGACUGCCGGAGUCUGGAAUACCUUGGCCUGAGCAACAACCGGCUCCGUAGCCUAGCCCGAAAUGGCUUUGCUGGGUUAAUUAAACUGCGGGAGCUCCAUUUGGAACACAAUCACUUGACCAAGAUUAACUUGGCACACUUCCCUCGACUGGUCGCUCUCCAAUUCCUUUAUCUACAGUGGAACAAGAUCAACAAUUUAACGUCCACCAUGGAAUGGAAAUGGACAACUCUGGAGAAACUGGAUCUCACUGGGAAUGAGAUUCACAUACUUAUUCCUGAAGUGUUUGACACUUUGCCCAACCUUAAGAUCCUGCUGCUGGAUAACAACAAACUGACCAGCCUCGAUACCCAAACCAUGGAUAUGUGGAAGUCCCUAAAUGCUAUUGGGCUAUCCAGCAACCUUUGGGAAUGUACCAAAAGGAUCUGCAAUAUGGCCACUUGGCUGAUUACCUUUAAGGGUCGAUGGGAACAUUCUAUCCUCUGCCACAGUCCUGAGUACGCACAGGGCGAGGAAAUACUGGAUGCCGUUUACGGAUUUCAACUUUGCCAAAAUUUCUCUGCGCCAGUUGUACUGACCGGUACUACCACGGAGGCCAUACUCCCAGAGAUCACAAGCUCCCUGUUCGGAAAUAUGCAGACUCCUACGCAAGACUUCUAUGCAGAGGAUUUUGGGAGCUUUACGAUUAUCACUACUACCACCACCAGUACCCAACCCCCACGCACUGCCCUUGCGACUACCAUGACAGUGGAGGGGGCAGAGGUUACGGAGGACUACUCUGCGAUUGACAACACACUGCUGACCCAGAGAGUCAUUAUUGGAACGAUGGCUCUGUUGUUUUCCUUCUUUCUCAUAAUUUUUGUAGUGUACAUUUCACGAAAAUGCUGCCCUCCCACUCUGCGGCGGAUCCGCCAUUGCUCAGCCAUUCAGAACCGGCGACAGAUGAGGACCCAACAGAGGCAGCCAAUGGCAGACCUGGCAACACAGGUGCCCUAUAACGAGUACGAGCCCAGUCACGAGGAGGGUGCGCUCGUGAUUAUCAAUGGGUAUGGGCAGUGUAAAUGUCAGCAACUGCCUUACAAAGAGUGUGAAGUAUAAACUAUUUAUUUAUAAAUAGUUUAUAUGGGUUUACCUGUAUAUGGGUUUACCAUUUGACAAUUUAAAGAUGCAGGGUUUGCUUUUGGACUUUUUUCCCUUUUCAGUCAAAGAUAUGGCUUUGAAAUUGUUAGCUAUGAAACCUAUGAAAGCUUGAGGUGACUGGGAUGAAUCUAAAAAAAAGGAAAGAGAAAUAUCAAUUUAUUUUUGUAAUACAAUUGCAAAAGGUUCAUAUCUAAGCUGGGGCAAUCAACCUCAGCAGAGGAAGAUGUGUGAGAUGUGUCACUGCAUCACCAGUUUGUGUACUAUGUAUUCUGAGCACAGAGACGACGAGAAAAUCUAUAGCCAAACCGCCUGAAACCUUGUGCUCUGGACAACAGUUUAUAAAAUGACAUAUCUACUGAUAAAUGGUGAAAUUUUAUUCCAUGAAAAAUAGUGUUUCAUAUGCAGAGCAGUGCAAAUAUAAAGAAAGGGGAUUAAAAAAAAAAUAUGUAUGGUUCACGUUAGGCAACACUAUAGAUCUCACUCACAUAUUCACUUUUGGGGAGAGGAAAAAGGCAAUCAGAAGGAUUAAAAGCAUAUUUUUACUCACCUUUUCUAAAUUGAGAACAAAUACUGUUAAAAACUGUGCCACAUAAUGAAAUUUAGACUCGAACAGGGAAUUUAAGCACUCACAUUAGUUGACUUUCUCGAAUGGCAGAAAUUAUCUUUUCAAUUUGAGCAAGACUUAAAUUUGAACUAAUGAGAACACUUAACGGCCUUCCCGUUUCUGCAUUUGGUUAAAUUCAAUAAACGCUGUCCGCUUCCUUGAAAUCUUAAAGCCUAGCACUUUGUGUGAAAAGGUUCAUGUCCAAUCCACUCUACACUGGUUCUGACAAAAUGUCUGAAUAAGCUCCUUCCACUCCGACUUCAGCAGGGAUUUAUUAAAUGUUAACCAGAGACAAUUGCUUAUUUAUCAUUGUGCAUAUAUACCUACAUAAGAUGGCUCAAAACACUGACAUCUUCACUGUGAUAGAACAAUGCUGCUUAGACCAUUGCACCAAUAAUUUAUGAAAGAGACCAUCAAAGUAUGCUUUAUGAUAAUGAAAACACCAGCGAGAAAGAACUUUCUAGGGACAAGGGAAGGGAAACAAAUGUAGAGGACACAGACAAUUGUCUCCUAAAAAUAAACACAUAAGCUUAGCAUCACACUGCCUGAAUGCAGCAAAGAGUGAAAUCACACCUGACAGCUUCAACAUUGAGUCAAUUAAGCCUGAGGAAAAUGAAUUUAAUAUUCUGUCACGUAAACUUCUGCCCCUGUAAGAUUCAGCCUUCUUGGCCAGUACAGAAGUAGACCUUACAUAGAUAUAAAUCCCUGCCUUCCUCUUUCAUGGAAACAAGGGAGUUAUUUUUCAUCAGCCCUGGAUCCCAUUGGUCCUUUACAACAUAAAAGCCUCUUUUUUUUCUAUGUGAGAAAUAUUGAGAGGAUAAGCAUCAGAGCAAGGACACGAAAGUGACGUUGCAAGAAAGUGAGAGACACAUCGUGAGACUAAGUAAAGCUCUCAGGACAGCAUGCAAAAGAUGACGGAAGACUGGGUCAGGACACAUUUGUAUGCAGUACUGAGAGGACAGACAUUAGCAUUAAACUAAAGAAGCCGCUGCUGCAGUAGCUCUUUGUGUUGCACUCAGGAGUAGGGGGCAGGGAUGCACAAAGGGGUACAGGGCAGCCAAACACCGGUUAGCAUCUAAUUGAAGUCCAGAAGUAUUUUAUGAGCCAUGUAGCAGGGGUGAAUCAGGGUACAAAAACCAUUAGCGGCAAAGGAAAAUGCUUGACAAAACAGCGACUGACUGGGAUAGAUAUGGAAACACCAUACAAUCUGUGCCGCAAUAAGGCAUUUUACCUUGUUGCAGAAAAUAAUUAUUUAUCAAGCUACAGCUGAAGGGAAAGCUGAAAAAAGCAAACAUCAUCAAAUCAUAUCCUGGGAGAGGCUUUUAGUGUUAUGCUCAAAAUCAGAGAAAUUGACAUCCAUAUCGAAGCACUUUUUUUGGUCUACAUAAUAGUAAAAAAAUUUGACAAAAUGCAAUAGGACAUGAUUAACUGUUUUACACAAACAUUUGUCAUGCCUGAUGAGACCGGUUAUUGUAGGGUGUCCUUUAGAGGGUACUGUAAUACCAUCAAAAUUAAUUCAGAACCAAUCCACAGUUCAGCACUUCUGUCGUCUUAUUCCACAACCAUGCAAAAGACAUUGAAUAACUGUUGUUAAGAAAAAUACGAAAGGAAUGUAGGUCUCUGUAGCUGAUCUUUUCAGCACAUCAAGAGGGGUAGCUGGGAAUUUACUAGGAUGUUUCAUCACAAUACGAACUUAUAUCGAUUCUCUUGGCCUGCAAUCCGAUAUUUGCCGAUACUUCAAUGUCUGCACACAUCCUUGUCCCACGUGAAAAGCGUAUCUAGUGCUCAAAGUGAAAUGUAAUAAGGUUGCUUCAUCGCCUGACGGAAAUGCCUACGGACAUGGCUGACAUGAGUAUUAAAAUAAAUGUACAUCUUUAAAAUAAAUAUAUAUAAAAUAUAUAUACGCUUUGUAUCAACAACAUUGGAUCGUUGGUUAUUGGAUCGAUGCAUCGAUCCAGAUCGAUGGAUCGUUACACCCCUAGAAUAUACAUUCCAAAACUGAUUUUUCUAAGGCUGUUGACUUUAAAAUGUAAACUACACUAACAUUUUAUGAGCCAAGAACAUCCACCCACUCUUUAACAAAUGGUGUUGCUUUGUAUUCGACUUCGUGAUGCCAACCUUUGCUUUCCUCCAAAAACACCUUGCAUGUCUUAAGAAAACAGCUUACUUAACAUGCACAUCUGUACAUCCAAAAAAAAAAAAAAAAAGAAAAAAUUAUAUAUACUGAUUAGCCUUAUAUCCUUAUCUGAUAGUUUAGACAUAUAGUGGGGGAAAACUCAAUGAAAUACUGGCAAAUGCUGUCAUCUCACUGUUUAAACUAUCAGCUUAUGAGGUGAUCACAAAACCAUUACUUUGUAGAGACAUGAAUCCAUUUGCAAUCCUGUAAAAUGUAUUUUGGGUUAUGUUUGGGUUACACCGAAUUCCUGCUGCUCACUCUGGCCAAAACACAACCCCCCACCCUCAAGUCACAACCCAAAACUUCUUUGUGCAAAAAUGAAUGCUUCUCAGCAACCUCUCCCCAAACCCCGCUUUUUCCUUUUGUAUUGUAAUAUGUACUAUUUCAUAUCUGUAUAGUGGGUAAAGAUGUGGCCAACUGAAAAGAUCUUUUU